GCUUUCAGUUUGUCAACGCGUCGCAUGCGCGUCUCGUGAGUUAAACGAAAUAUUUUCGAAUUUUGUAAUACGAAUAAAAAAUUAGCAUACGAAAGCAGUGCAAAGUGAAAAUCUGUGUGGAAAUACAGAAAAAUACCGAAAGUAUUAUUCAACAGCUUAAGCAAGUGGCACAGACAAGGCGAAGGCGACCCACCCACAACAAAAACAACAAGUUGUUAACCCUUUUUUGCUUGUCAUGUCGCCCUACGCCACCUGCAUAAUACUGCUGGGGUUGCUGUCCCUGGCACUAAGCCUCAAUGCAGCCUCUGGUGUUUUACGCUGCUGGCGCUGCUCCACAGAUGUCUCGAACGGCGAGUUCUGCAAUGAUCCCUUCCAGCCGGACAGCAUCUCCGAGCAGCAGCGCUACUGGAGCUAUGUGAACUGCACUUAUUCCGUGGGUGUCAAGUCGGUGAAUGCGCGGCCCGUCUGCAAGAAACUCGUGCAGGAAGUCUAUGGGAAGCGAGUGAUUUCACGCUCGUGCUUCUACGAGGAUGUGGAUGACCCGGCAGACAAGUGUGCAAUGGACACUACCUCGUCCUACAUCAAGACCGUUUAUUGCCGCACGUGCACCACCGAUGGCUGCAACUCGGCUGGAGGACUCGCCGGUUGGAUGGGACUGCUGGUGUUGCCGCUGCUUGCCGCUCUCAGGCAGCUAUGCAAAUGAGCCAAUGAGUGGAAAAUUCAGUCGUGGGUGGAGACUGCACUUAAUUGCAUCAUGCAAAUGAAAAACUGAAUUUAAAAGUUGAGAGUCCUUCAAGCUAAAAUACAUACUUACAAAAAGCAACCAAUUCUUGUUUCGCCUAGUUAAGUCGCGUUAUUUUAACUUAUUUGAGACAAUUUGCCUGGCCUGCAAAAUUUUCUAAUACAAAUUCACAACAAAUAUCAGCACAAAAUAUCAGCACACAACAACUCGCAGUCACUCAUCGCUAUAUAUAUAUAUAUAUAAAUACCAUAAAAUUAUCAUAUAGACAGACUAUACACAAAAAUAAACUAAACUGUAAAUGUUAUGUAGCUGCAGAGCAGUCAAUGCUUUCCACUUGGUCAGAUCAUAGAGUCAAACGAUUGUAUUCUAAUUACAUAUUAAUUGAUUAUCACAUUUAAUUAAUUCACACACUCACACACACACACUCACACAUAUAUAAACCUAAAAUAUUGACCUUUGUAAUAUUGUAUUACUUAUUUUAAGUGUAAUUGAAGCACUUUUCUAUGGUGUCUUACAAAUAAAUUGAUUAGAUGGUACAAACAUUCGAAAACAUAUUUGUUUUUACUAUUAUAAAUGAACUUUUCACUUACAUCACAUCAUCAUAAUAAUAAAAUUAAAUUAUAUUCCAA